AUGGAACUCCAGCAGAUCGCCACCACUCUGCAAAACACGUUCGAUGGAUCGAGCGAUGUCCGUAAGGCUGCCGAGCAGCAGCUCGAGGCCUACCUCGACGUGGCCGGCUAUGUCGUGGGUCUCCUGAAGAUCAUGACCGCUACCGAGGUCCCCUUGCCGAUUCGCCAGGCCGCCUCCAUCCAGUUCAAAACGCUCAUCAACAGCCGCUGGACUGCCAAGGCGAAGGCGAAGAAGAGGGCCCUCACGGAUGAGGAAAAGACCAUCGUCAAGCAGAACAUCGUCGAACUCAUCGUCCACGUCGCGGUCUCGCUGAGGCACGUCCUCGAGAAGGAGUACCCCGACAACUGGAGCGAUCUGGUGCCCAAGGUGAUGUCGUUCAUCAACACGCAGGACAUCACGCGCCUGCACGGCGCGCUCUACACGAUGCGCAUCAUCAUCAAGAAGUACGAGCACAAGCCCUCCGAGGGCGGGCUCCGCGAGCCGCUCAACCAGAUCGUGCAGGCCACCUUCCCCGCGCUCCUGCAGCUCUUCGGCGCCCUCGCCAAGCACACCAACCUCGAGGCCUGCCUCCUCCAGCGCAUCCUCACCAAGAUCUUCUGGUCGGCCACACAGAACGCGUUGCCUCCGAUGCUGCGUGAUCUGAGGGCGGUCGAGGGGUGGUUCACCAUCUUCACCGAGCUCCUCCUCAGGCCCGUGCCCACCGAGGGUCAGCCGGAGGAGAUCGCGGAGCGAAAGAACUUCCCGCCGUGGAAGCUGAAGAAGUACGGCGCCAAGCGAAAGUCCGACGACCCCGGCACGAAGGCCUUCAGCGAGGGCUUCCGGGUGGCCUACGCGCCCAAGCUGCUGGAGACCCUCCUGCAGCUCCUGUCGGGCAUUCCCAACGGUCAGUUCCUGCCCGCCCGCCUCGUCGCCGUCGCCCUCAACUUCAUGGGCCACGCUAUUCGUCAUGCCAACACUUACCAGAUCCUCAAGCCCCACCUGCCGGUCUUCUUUGCCAAGAUCAUGUUCCCGCUGUUCUGCUUCAACGACGCCGACGCGGAGCUGUGGGAAGACGACCCGGCCGAGCUGAUCCGCAAGGAGUCGGACCUCCUCGAAGAUUUCUGGGACCCGCGCCUGACGGGCAUGAACGUGCUGCUCGACCUCAUGCAGCUGCGCUCGGCCGACUACCUCCACCUGGUGGUCACCCACUGCAUCGGCGUGCUCAACGCCUACCAGGCCUGCCCCGAGAACCCGCGCCCGGAGCACCUCGCCCGCCAGAAGGACGGCGCCCUCGUCGUCAUCGGCAACCUCAUCGGUCGCUUCGAAAAGGUGCCCGAGUACAAGAAGUCGCUGGAGGGCAUGAUCACCACCCACGUCAUCCCCGAGUUUACCUCAGUCUACCCCUUCCUUCGCGCUAGGGCGUGCUGGAUCUUCGGGGAGUGCUUCGACAUCAAGUACGAGAACCAGGCGACAUUCCUGCACGGCCUGCAGCAGGUGCUGAACCUGACCAAGGACUCCGACCUGCCCGUGCGCCUCAAGGCCGCCGUCUCCCUCCGCUUCCUCUGCCAGAACGAACUCUCCUACCAGCCGCUCCACUCCGUCCUGCCCCAUCUCCUCGAGAUGUACUUUGCAUUGAUGACCGAGCUUGAUAACGACGAUCUCGUCAAGUCGCUCGAGAUGAUCAUCCAGUGCUUCGUUAAGGACAUCGCCCCGUACGCCAUCAGCCUCAUCCAGAAGCUCGUCGAGAACUUCGUCCGCCUGGCUAGCGCGGAUGAAGAGGACGACGCGGCCGCCAUGGCGGCCACCGAGUGCCUCGGCGCCAUCGAGACCAUCCUCGACAGCAUCACGAAGACCCCGGACCUGUUCCCGCAGGUCGAGCCGCUGCUCGUGCCCCUGCUGGUCCGUCUGCUCGACGAUGACGCCAUGGAGUUCAUGGAGGAGACCCUCAAGAUCAUGGCCUACCUCACCUUCUACGGCCGCGGCAUCUCGCCCGCCAUGUGGCAGCUCUUCCCGCUCCUCUACAAGGCCUUUGACGGCUGGGCCACCGACUGGAUGGACCAGAUCAUCAUCCCGCUGGACAACUACAUCUCGCGCGGUAAUGAUGUGUUCUUGGCCAACCCGGACUACCUCAAGAUGGUCCUCUCCAUGUACCAGAAGCUCAUCGGUGACACUGGCGUUGCGGACGUUGAUGCCGGCGAGGGCGCCAAGCUCAUCGAAGUUGUCUUCCAGCAGUGCCGCGGCCGCAUUGACGAGUACGUCCCGGGCAUCAUUGAGCUGGCCGUUAAGCGUCUCCUCUCGGCCGAGACCACCAAGAAGUCCCUCAAAGUCCUCUGCCUCGAAGUGGUGUCCAACGCGCUGUGGUACAACCCGGCGCUGACGCUCCAGGUGCUGGACACCAAGGGCCUCACGGGUCCCGUGUUCCAGACGUGGUUCGCGCAGAGCGACAACUUCACGCGGAUCAAGGACAAGAAGCUCGCCAUCGUGGGCCUGAGCUGCAUCUUCGAGGUGCCCUUCGCGUCGCUGCCGGCCUCCAUCCAGCCCGCCAUGGGCUCCGUCUUCAUGCUCCUCCUCAAGUUCAUCCACCUGCACGAAAUGCAGAAGAACAAGGUUAAGGUGCCCAAGGCUGAGGGUGAGGAGGGAGAGGACGACGACGACGACGACGAUGACGAUGGACUCGGCGAGGAUGAUGAUGACGACGACGAUGAUGACGAUAGCGACGAGGACCAGUUCGUGCCGGAGGACGAAGACAUUGGCGCCGACGCCGACACUCUCGUCCAGCUCUCCGAAGCCGCGGGCGAGUACUCGUUCUCCGCCUUCAAGGGCGAUGACGACGAGCUCGUGGACGGCGGCAUCGUGACCUCGCCUCUCGAUGCCGUCGAGCCCUACGUCUUCUUCGCCCAGCGCAUGGAAGCGCUGUCGCAGCGAGACGGAGCCGUGUACGGCAAGCUGAUGGAGUCGCUGCCGGGCGAGCAGCGUGUGUUCUACAACGCCAUCCUCCAGCAGGCCGCCGCCACUGCCCAGCAGCAGGCCGCCACCACCUCUUCCUAA